UAGUCCUUGAAAUUGAAGCGUACUUUGAAAAGCAGUUAUCAAAAAGGAAAUAUAGCAGAGCGAAACAAAUGGAGCAACUCAAACUGAGCGACCGUAUGGAAGAGCUACUGAUGUUCACUCUACAGUCUCACAUUAACCAAACCCUAGAAGUUGAUUUGCCCCUCUCAAAGGACUUCUGUUCCAAUCUCCUCAGAGACGAACCGAACGACUCUGUUUCACUCCCUGCCUCCUCUAAUACCAGUUCUUUCGGAGGAGUUCCUCAAUAUCCCUUAUUCAAGCGUCUAGCUUUAGCUUUGUGUCAAUCUAUAAUUUCUGGAUCUUUUUGUAAGACAUAUAACAAGAUAGGAUUCUUUGAAGAAGAUAUUUGCCCAAAGCAAAAAGAAGAACAAUGGAAUAAGUUAAUUAUAGAAAAGGGUUUUGAAUUAAUGAAUGUGUUGAAGGUUGCAUUUUAUGAACUUCAUGUUCAGGAGCCCUUUUUCUCACAAAUAAAAAAUGGUCUGAAAACAGUUGAAGGAAGGUGUGCUGGUGGCAAGUAUAGCAGAAUUGAGCCAGGAGCCAUGGUUCUUUUAAACAAAAGUAUAGUGCUUGAAGUUGAGGAUGUUCGACGAUAUGCAUCAUUUUUGGAGAUGUUGGAAGCAGAGAGUCCUUCAAAAGUCCUUCCUGGUGUUAAAACUAUUGAAGAAGGUGUAAAACUUUAUAGGAACUUCUACACAGAAGAGAGGGAAAUGCCAAAUGGUGUUCUCGCAAUUUCUCUAUCAAAAUUCUCUCCUCAGCCAUAUCUGUAUUUGGCUAAUAUAUUGUCUGAAUUGAGUUACGAUGGUGUUCAAAGUCUUCUGGGCCUUGCACAUACUGCUGGAACAGUUCCAGAUGCCCUUCCUCCAGCAAGAUCAACACUUCUCUCUUCCUUCACUCUUCCAUAUAGGCCAAAUGUCAAAGUUAGUUCCUUGACUCAUGGAGCAAGGGCAUUGGCAAAGCAUGCUGAAAGGAGUAGCAAUAAAUAUUGGGGUAUUCUUAGUGGAAAUGAUACUAAUAAAAAUAGGCUUGCAAUGAAUGUCAUCAAUCGUUUGAUAGCUGCUUGUUGCUGGUCAAAUGUGCAUAUCGUUCCACCACAUGGGGCUGUCUUUGAGAUAAGGGUGGCUGAUGGUUAUGGGGCACGGUGGUCUAAAGAUGGAACUAAGUUCAUUGGAUUUCUUGAGCCAUACAUGGAAGAUGGUUACUCAAGAGGGUGGAAACAUUAAGUUGCUUGUGGAGGCAUUCCCAAUAUCCUCGAUCAAUAUGGACUGUCCUUCCUUCUCCAUUUACUCAAAGAAGGAACUACUUCUAUUGAAAUGAUUGUCGAUGAUGAACAAACAAUCGAUGAUGCUGAUGAUGAAAGGAAACUGAUCAGCUUUGAUACUGUCGGGUAGUUGGACAUUAUGACAAGAGCUGAGUGAACCAUCAUUGUCAACUCCCCCCUUAAUCAACAUUUAGUCGGAGGCAAAGUCAUGUAUAAGGAUAUUUGCUAUAAUCAAUCUUAGAUAUGCACUGGGCUACAGCCAAGUCCGCUCGGAUUUGCUCCUGUGUAAAACCAUCUCAUAGUCCCAAUAGUCUCUUGCUAAUUUAAGGUUUGCCCUUCUUUAUAUACUUCACUUCUACCUUGUGCUUAGCCGAUGUGGGAUUCGCCUACAGUGUGACAUAGUGAUUUAAAUAAUUAUUUACUAUUGUGUUUAUUUUUCACAAUUUCCA